AUGAAUGAAGAAAAAGAUCUUAUUUCUUCGAUUCCUCUUAUUAUAUUGUGUAAAACUGAUCAAACUUCAGUAUUCAACAGCACUUACCAUGUGACCACCAACAAUACUACCAUUGACUAUGCAAUUACUGACUAUGCAAUUACUAAUCAUACAACUACUGACCAUGCAAUCACUGACCAUGCAACUACUAACCAUGCAACUAUCAAUAAUAUAAUUGAUUUUCGAUAUUUGUCUCAUUUUUGUAUUGCCAAUAUAUUUACUCCUGCUCUGCAAAAAACUGUUAGUGAAAAAGAAUGUUGGUCUAAGGGUCAUAGGAUAGCAAAAAAGGCAUUAAGCUUAAUGAUACAACUUAAUUGUGAUAGCGAGUUUUUUAACAUGAUGGAUGAAUUUAUUUUGUCUAAAACACAUGAAUUACAACUUUUGAAGGAAAACAAAAAUGAUGAUAAUGUCGAAUCUCAACUUGUUGUUAGCAAUCCAUUUGUGACUAAAUGCUGA